AGCGGCGGGCGGGGCCGGGUGCAGCCAGUCUCCCGCCGCCGCCGCCGCUGCCGGACGCGCAGAGCUGGGGCGGCUGGGCCCACAGCUGCCCGGCCGAGCGGACGCAGGGGCGCGGCGCGAGGGGCGUCCCCGGGCUGGACGAGGGUGGCGUGGCUGUCUUCGGCGAGCGCCCGGAUCGCAGGCUGUCUGUGCCCAGAAUCCAGAGCACCCCCUGCACCACCAUGACUGGGCUGCUGAAGAGGAAGUUUGACCAGCUGGACGAGGACGACUCCUCUCUCUGCUCCUCCUCCUCCUCUGUGUCCUCCUCGGGCUGCCACUCUCGCUCCUGCUCCCCGAACUCCUCAGUCUCCCCAGCCUGGGACUCGGAUGAGGAGGGCCCCUGGGAUCAGAUGCCCCUGCCUGGCCGUGACUUCUGUGGCCCCCAAAGUUUCACCCCCCUGUCCAUCCUGAAGCGGGCUCCCCGCAAGCGCCCGGGCCGCGUAGCCUUCGAUGGCAUCACUGUCUUCUACUUUCCUCGGUGCCAGGGCUUCACCAGCGUGCCCAGCCGUGGCGGCUGCACUCUGGGUAUGGCCCCUCACCACAGUGCCUGCCGCCGCUUCUCCUUGGCUGAGUUUACACAGGAGCAAGCCCGCGCCCGGCACGAGAAGCUCCGCCUACGCUUGAAGGAGGAAAAGCUGGAGGUGCUGCAGUGGAAGCUUGCAGAGGCCGGCGUACCUGAGACGGAGGCCAGCCCACCACUUACAGUGGACGCCAUUGAUGACGCCUCUGUAGAGGAGGAUUUGGCAGUGGCCGUGGCAGGUGGCCGGUUGGAGGAAAUGACCUUCCUACAGCCCUAUCCAGCCCGGCAGCGGCGGGCCCUGCUACGGGCCGCCGGUGUGCGGAGGAUCGAUCGUGAGGAGAAGCGGGAGCUGCAGGCUCUGCGCCGAUCCCGAGAGGAUUGUGGCUGUCGCUGCGAUAGGGUCUGCGACCCUGAGACCUGCAGCUGCAGCCUAGCAGGCAUCAAGUGCCAGAUGGACCACACAGCAUUCCCCUGUGGCUGCUGCAGGGAGGGCUGUGAGAACCCCAAGGGCCGUGUGGAAUUUAAUCAGGCACGAGUUCAGACCCAUUUCAUCCACACGCUUACCCGUCUGCAGCUGGAGCAGGGGGCUGAGAGCCUUGGGGAGCUGGAGGCCCCUGCCCCGGGGGGCCCACCUAGCCCUGAUGAGCCUGUCUUGGCCCCCACUUUCCCACUGGCCAAGCCCCCUGUGAGCAGCGAGCUAGGAGACAACAGCUGCAGCAGCGACAUGACCGACUCCUCCACAGCAUCAGGCACCAGCGAGGCUCCUGACGGCCCCACCCACCCGGCCCUGCCUGGCCCUGGCUUCCCGCCUAGCGUGGAUGAUGACAGCUUGGCUCGAAUCCUGAGUUUCAGUGACUCUGACCUGGGUGGAGAGGAGGAGGAGGAAGAGGAAGGGGGAGUGGGGAGCCUCGACAACCUCAGCUGCUUCCACCCGGCUGACAUCUUUGGUACUGGUGACCCUGGUGGCCUGGCCAGCUGGACCCACAGCUGUUACAGUUCUAGCCUCACAUCAAGCAUCCUGGAUGAAAACGCCAACCUGGAUGCCAGCUGCUUCCUAAACAGUGGCCUUGAAGGAUUGGGAGAAGGCAGCCUCCCUGGCACCUCAGGGCUGCCCAGCACGGACGCCGGCCAGAGCAGCUCAGUAGACCUCAGCUUGUCUUCCUGCGACUCCUUUGAACUGCUCCAGGCCCUGCCAGACUAUAGUCUGGGGCCUUACUCCACCUCCCGGAAGGUGUCUGACAGCCUGGACAACCUUGAGGCACCCCAUUUCCUCUUGCCUGCCUUUUCUCCGCCUGGGGAUGCCAGCACUUGCUUCCUGGAGUCCAUCAUGGGCUUGUCCGAGCCAGCUGCCGAGGCCCUGGCUCCCUUCACGGACAGCCAGUUGUUUGAGGACGCUGCCCCAGCAUCUCUGGUAGAGCCGGUGCCCGUGUGAGGACUAAGGUGCCUUUACCUGGCCCCAAGAGCCCUGUUGCUGCUUUGUUGUAAUUUGGGGGCUCCCGAGGUCUAUUAUGUAAUGGUUUCCCGUGGGCUGGCUCACCCACACGGGCACUCCUGAUUUUCGUGCAACACUCUGGAUUGAUUUAUUUAUUUUUGUCACUUUCUGUGCUGAAGAGAGGGUAGGGAGGGGGCUUCCCCUCUCGGCCGCCCAGCCCCCGCACCACUCCUCCCCCCAACUCGGUGCCCACACAGUCUCUUCCGCUUCUGCAGUGCUGUGCCAGGAAGAGGAGGAACCAUGGCUCCCCUGGAGCUUUGCAGACCCCUUGUCGGUUUUGUAUGAUGUUCUUCAGCCCAAAGACAGCAAGACAGGGCUGAAAUCAGCCACUUCUUACUGCUUCUCCUGCCACCCUGAGCCCUAGACCCUUGGGUGGCUGAAUCCUCUGGACUGUGAAGACUAUAAUUUAUUUCCAUAAUUUAUUUGGAGACUAAGUGGCUUAGGCGUCUCCUGUCUGGCUGGUGGGCAGUGCUGGGGGUUGGGUGGGGCAGAGACCCCUCCGAGUCCCUUUUGCCUUGUAGUCCUGCCCUGUCUGGUGUAGACCAGGUGUGGAUCUGAGCCCUAAGUCUACUAUGGCAGCUGCUUGGCUCCAGAUGGCUGAGCAGGCAGGGGCUGGCCUGGGACAGCAUCUGGGCAGGGGGAGGGGCUGGGCUGACCAACCAUGACCAAAACCCUGUGCUGCCCCAUGCAGCCCCCUCUGCUUCCUGUCCUCUGCCCCAUCUCCCCUGCUCCCAAAAGUUACAGCCUUUAUUCCAGGCCCAUGAAUAUAGGAGGGGGAAGCAGGAAGCCUAGAGAGGGCCAGGGACCAGGGCCCGCAGCAUGCCCCUGACUACUAUCUCAGGGCUUUCUGGGCACUGCACUCCAGCCUGGUCCACCUGCCCAUGCCCUAAGGCCAGCUGGCCAGGGACGAGGGGUGGCUUCUUAUGGCUUUUAUGCCUUUUGUUUGCUGAUACUGAAUUCUGCAUCAUAAUUUCUAUAUUGUCCCUGAGUAUUAGAACUAUAAUUUAUUCAUUUUUCUCUGUGUCUGUGCCAAGAAGCCCAGGCUCUGGGCCUGCCCUCUUGCCCAGGAGGCCUUGCCAGCCUGCGUGCUUGUGGGAACACUUUGUACCUGAGCUUACAGGUACCAAUAAAGAGGCUCUAUUUUUAA